ACGACGUAGAUCAAGCGUCUCCUCGCGGCGUAAACAAAUAUGGACGUUUGCAUAGAAAACUAAAACAAACUUGAAAUUAAAAAUGUCGAGGUACGCAAGUCCCGAUCGGGACAAGCGUGUUCAUAAUCUAGCCGGAGAAAUAGCAGAUACGAGGGAUAGACGUGUUCCAAUUAUGUUAAUGAAUCUAAAAGGAAUAUUAAGUUCUGUUCCUGUUGGUUCAAAAGAGGGAAUCAAGAUAAGACAUGAGAUUUGGGACUACAACCUGCUACAUGUCCUGAUUUUAGUAUUGAAGCAAGACUUUAGCAUAGUAGAUGGUGACUGGCAGACAGCAGCAGCUCUGGCUGCUAUACUCAGCCAGGUGUGUGCAGGUAUGGAACUCAAGGGUCAAGACAGGAACAAGUUUGAGACUGAGAGUCUUUCGGAGGCCAUCAACAACCUGUUUCUACUGGCACGUAGAAUACAGACUCGAUACUCCAAAAUACAGGGAAUGCAGAAAGAGCGCCAGCGCCUCGUGGUGUGUUACAAGGGAGUACUAGAGUCCAUCACCUAUAUAGCUUCUGGACAUGUUGUCAUCUGUAGGAAUGUUAUUGAGUCUCCAUGGUUACUCCAGCUGUUGAUAUCAGAUGAUCCCGACACAGUGUCAGGAGUGAUGGACCUUCUUCCCAAAGUUCUCAGAGUCAAUAGGAAACUACUGAAAGAAUUGGAUAAAAAGCUAGUCCAUAGCAUUAUGGACGAAUUAGUGUACAAGUUAUCAGUCAACACUGAAGUUUCAAUAGGGGCUUUAGCAACCAAGUGUGUGCUUAGAAUAUGUGAUUUUUACAAACCAAUGGUGGAUACGUUAUGUACGAGAUACAAGGGAGUUAGACCACUAUUAGGGAAGUGGGAGGGACGAGGCUUCAAUAAAGACCUGGAAGACCUCAAGAGACUGCUGCAGGCUGGCAAUGCUCAGAUGGCAGAGUUAGAGCAAUUUGCCAGAGCAGCAAUUCUGAUCCAGACAAGAUGGCGUGGCUAUAUUACAAGAGUGAAGCUACAGAAAGCCAACAAAGCAUUCACUAAAUUCCACAGGACAUACAGGACAAAGAAAAGUGUGAUGGAGAAAAGAAAAGAACAGGCAAAGGAAGCAUUGGAGCUGCAGCGUCAACUGAAGCUGAACCGCCAAAGAAUCAUGAGGGACUUUAAGGAGAAACAGCUGCAGUCCAUAGAAAUACUUCCCGCUGCCAAGGUAGAGAGCUACCUACAAAAGGAGGAAACCCAGGCUGCACUGACCAUACAGAGGAUGUGGCGUGGUCAUCACAUACGAAAAUCAAACAAGAAGCGAACAGACAUGGCCAGACAGGUCAAGGCUGCUAUAAAGAUACAGCAGGGAGUUAAGUUAUGGCUGGAAAGAUUGGAAAAAAGAAAGAAAAAGAUCCGUGCAGAAUUAAAGCCACCAGGGUUGACUGAACUGAGACGAGUAGAGCUGCAGAAGGAAGUUCGUACUUACCGGGAGGAAAAUCCUGCACGUUACUGCCAGAAAGAUGAUUUGGAGAUGAUCCACAACAAAGCUUCGGAGAUGUUGGCUAGGUAUUACAUGACUGCACGCACAAACAGGGAGAAACAGACUCACAGAGAGGCUUUGGUUGGCCGCAUAGACAGAGACUCUGAACUUCUUUCUUUGGCUCCUGGCCUAGACCAAGCAACAGAAAAAGAUACAGACAUGUUCUCCAGUAGGUCAGUCCCUGUGUCAAUGAAGGCCAAGGCGGACCACAUGGCUCAGAUGGAAAUCUUACGCAAACCUUGGUACAAAAAACUAAUAGACCAGUACAUGGACAAGGAGUACGAGGAUGAGCCUAUACUCUUCUAAUUAUGGACCUCAUUAGCAAACCAACAUCAUUUACAUAUCAGUCAGCUGUUACAAAUCAGGGAGUGCU